AAAACCAUGGCGAUCGCUCCUCGCAGCAUUCUCCCCCUCCUCCUCUGCGUUCUCAUUGCUUCCUUCCACUCGUCCUCGUCCAGCGACGUCAAAUUGGGCUACUGGCUGGCAUCGCGCCCAAUCGUCUCGUCCGCCAAUCUCCACCUCUACACACACCUCACAUACGCCUUCGCGCAGCUGGAUCCCUCCUUCCAGAUCUCCCCCCAGCCCGACGACAAUGGCAACAUCGCCCAAUUCACGCCCGCCGCGCGCGCGCUCAAUCCCGCCAUCGUCACGCUCAUCGCAAUCGGCGGCGGCGGAUCCAACAGCACCCGCUUCGCGGAGAUGGCCGCCGCCCCAUCCUCCCGCGCCACAUUCAUCAACAGCUCCAUCGCCCUCGCGCGCGCCAAUGGAUUCCACGGCCUCGACCUCGACUGGGAGUUUCCCCAGUCCCAGCGCGAGAUGUCCGACCUCGCCGCCCUCUGGGCCGAGUGGAGGGCCGCCAUCCAAGCCGAGGCCACCGCCACGAGCCGCGCGGCACUCCUCCUCACCGCGGCGGUAUACUACCGUGCCACGGUACAGAACGUGGGCGCUGGCACUUACCCGGUCGACGCGGUCAACGCAAACCUUGACUGGGUUGGACUCAUGGCGUUUGACUACCACGGCGCGUGGGAUCCCACCACGGUCGGGCCGCAUACCGCGCUGUACAACCCGGACAGUAGCGUCAACACCGACGCCGGCGUCACGUCGUGGCUGGGCCAGGGGCUCCACGCGGACAGGGCCGUACUUGGGCUGGCCAUGUACGGCCGGUCGUGGAUCCUGGCUAGUAACGAGUCAACGGGCAUUGGUGCCGCGGCGGUAGGGGUGCCGGCCGACAGCACGCCGUUCUUCCGGGACAUCGUCAGCUUCAUCCGCGACAACAAUGCCACCGCGGUGUACGACAACACGACCGUCACGGCCUACUGCUUUGGCGGCGGUGUGUGGAUUGGAUUCGAUAGCCCGGUGUCCAUCGCCACCAAGGUGGAGUACCUCAAGAGCAGGGCUUUGAAGGGCUAUUUCUUUUGGACGGCGGGCUAUGAUUCUAGCACCGGGGCUCUCGCCAAUGCUGCCUCGGCGACGCUGGAUUCACGGUAGCUCUUUCGAGAGGAUUGGAAAGAUCUUCAAUUGAUCGAUCGAUCGCUCAUGGAUUUGAUUUGAGUGUGUAGAGACGAUUCGGGUAGCUCUUUCGAGAGGAUUUGGAGAGAUCUUUGAUUGAUCGAUGGCUCAUGGAUUUGAGCGUGUGUAGAGACAUUCUUUUACACAAAUUCUAC